UGCGCCAUAGCGCUGUUUGCCAGCCGCCCUAAAACGCCAAGAAGAGGAAGAAGGCGACGAAGAAGAGUAGCUCUACACUGCGUGGAAUGUGUUUUGACCUUCAGAAUGGGUGAGCCACAGCAGGUCAGCGCCCUCCCGCUGCCGCCGAUGCAGUACAUCAAAGAAUACACAGAUGACAACGUAAGGAAAGGACUGGCCCCGAAACCACCACCUCCUAUUCGGGAUAACUACAUGAUGUUUGGCAACCCAUUCCAGUGUGAUGACCUCAUCAUCCGGCCACUGGAGAGCCAGGGGAUUGAGAGGCUGCACCCAAUGCAGUUUGACCACAAACGAGAGUUGAAGAAGCUCAAUAUGUCCAUCCUGGUUAACUUCCUGGACCUGCUGGACAUCUUGAUCAAAAGCCCGGGUAGCAUUAAACGUGAAGAAAAAUUGGAGGACCUGAAACUUCUGUUUGUCCACAUGCACCACCUGAUUAACGAGUAUCGGCCUCAUCAAGCCCGUGAGACGCUGCGGGUGAUGAUGGAAGUACAGAAGAGGCAGAGGUUGGAGACAGCCGAGCGCUUCCAGAAACACCUGGAACGCGUUGUCGAGAUGAUCCACGGCUGCCUCGCCUCACUGCCUGACGAUUUGCCCCAGUCUGACUCCUCUGGCAUGGCUGGAGCGGUGGUUUCAGGUUCAGCAGGGGAUGUCAGACUGAAAACUGAGCCCGUGGAUGUGGAGGAUGCUGGGGUUAGCUGCAUGGCAGGACAAACGGACAAAAAUGUACCUGGUACUACAAAGGAAAAAGUAUGGGAUAAAGAUGCUACAAUGUGCAGUAUCAUUGAUGAAAUGACGUAAAAUUUAAUUUUUUUUUUUUUCUUUUUGAUUUUGUUCUGGGGUAAAUGAGCCAAAAAAAAAACGAAUUGCAGCAUGGAUCGUAGCAAAGCCAUUCAAGCUUUGUUGGGGAACUGCUUUUCUUAUUUAAUGUCCUUCCAAAUUGUAUACAAAGCUUAAAAAAAAAAAAAAAAACUUUAAUUAUUUUCCCCGUUUUGUUUACAUCUGUACCUCCCUUGUUUGCAGAAAUUGUUUCUAAUAAAAC